UUCCCGUCUUCUGCUAGAUUUGCACGAGUGAAAAGCGCCGAAGGAGUGAACUGAAUCUGUGCAGCCAUACUGUUUGAGAAACACAGAAGACAGUUUGAAUCAUGGCAAGCCAGGCGUUUUCCCCAGAGGCUGCUUUCCCUCAUGGGAGGCGGAGGGAGAAAUGGGACCCCAGGCUUCUUUCAAGGGCAAGGACUUGAUGGCGAAAAAAAGAGAAUGUCUCCAGGCAUACAGCUGGUGGAGAACACCACAGAAGAAACGGAAGAAAAAGAACAAAAUAAAACCGGGAAGAAUAGAGUUCGUCCCUAGUAGUACUAAUACAACCAGACCAGAUUAUUCAAUAUUUGUUGGGGAGCUUACUCCAGAGGUGGAUGAUUUCCAGCUUUAUGACUAUUUCCUAAAGAGGUACCCCUCAUGUAUUGACUGCAAAAUAGCAACCGACCUGCUGGGAUAUUCCAGAGGGUAUGCCUUUGUCAGAUUUGGUGAGCAAGGUGAUCAGAUGAGGGCACUGCAAGACUGCCAGAAUGCACCAGGUCUGGGGGGAAAACGAAUCCGGCUGAGCAUAGGAAUUUCUAAAAGACUGAAAGCAGAAUUCCAGCGGUACCAGUCAUACAACUAUAACGAUUAUUACCAAGAUUAUCAGAACUACUACUCACAGUGGAAUUAUGAUCCUUAUGCUGACUACAACUACAGCUCCUAUACUCCCUAUGAUAGCAUGCAAGCUGUUGGAGAAUGCUCUUUAGGAGAUGCUGUUAUGGCUCCAGCUGUUUUUGAGGAAGCUUCAGCUAUGACUGAAAUCAAUGAUGACCUAAUAACUGAAGAUCCACAGCUGUACUUGGAUGUUGAUGAAAUGAACAGACAAUUCAUGGAGACAAGUGAAGAACUCUAUGAUGCCCUCAUGAAUUGUCACUGGCAGCCUCUGGAUACGGUCACUUCUGACAUCCCCUCUGCUAUUUAAGUGUCUUAUAUAGCAUGACCGUUAUGACCAAGGGAUGCUCUUGGACCAACAGCUUCUUUCUAGCGCUACCUCAAAGUAACUUGCAGAUAUAACUCACAGGGAAGAUUGAUCAAAUGGUGAUGAUCACUAUCAUUCUGCUGGAGAUAUAUAUAUAUUUGCCUUUUGUUUUGUCUCAUUUUUAAUGACACUUAUUUAAUUUCAGUGACUCAUGUCAAUAGACUUUGUUUGACUCCAUCGACAAGUAUUUCUGAGUCAUGAGUUUCAUUAAAGGCAUGUCACCAUCUGGAAAUUGUUCUAAAUAAGUAAAAUGGAAGUAAAAUAAGUAAAUAAAGAAGCACUUGAAUUUACAGAGCAAA